AUGUGCAUCCUGGCUGUUCGAGCAGUAAUCGUUCAAAUUGCAUUUUAUCUCCACAUGCAGACCUUUGUUUAUGGGAGAUCGGCCGUCUUUUCAAAGCCUGUGAUUUUCGCAACUGCAUUCAUGAGCUUCUUCUCAGUUGUCAUAGCAUUAUUUAAGGACAUACCUGAUAUUGUUGGAGACAGGAUAUAUGGCAUUCAAUCUUUUACUGUCAGAUUAGGUCAAGAAUGGGUGUUUUGGAUCUGUAUAUCGCUGCUUGAAAUGGCUUAUGCUGUUGCCUUGUUUGUCGGAGCUGCAACUUCCUGCAUUUGGAGCAAAUACGUCACGGUUUUGGGUCAUGCCCUGUUGGCUUCAAUACUUUGGAACCGUGCAAAAUCUGUUGAUCUGAAGAACAAAGCUGCAAUAACCUCCUUUUACAUGUUUAUAUGGAAGGUAAGAACUCAUCCACGCUGA